UCUAAUUAAAAAAAAAAAAAACCAUCGUCAACACAACGUAAAGUCGUGUCCGACUUUCCGCCAGUUUCAGUCAACGAACUUAUUACACACACAAAAAAAAACAAUCAAAACACUAAUAAGUAAUAACAACUACAUCAUUCUGCUGCAUUUUUUCAUCAAUGGCAGUCGCCGAUACUGCUACUACUAGUUUUUCCUCCGACGAUAUAGUCAUAAAAUCACCUAAUGAUAAACGAUUAUAUAGAUACAUACAGCUUCCUAACGGCCUUUCUGCCUUACUUGUUCACGAUCCCGAUAUUUACGCUGACCGAACUCACGGAAACGGUUUUGAUGACGUGGCAGGGACUGAAGAGAAGCAUAAUGCAGCUGUUCCGACAAAAAUGGCUGCUGCAGCAAUGUGUGUAGGGAUGGGCAGCUUUUGUGAUCCUUUAGAGGCACAGGGUCUUGCACAUUUUCUUGAACACAUGCUCUUCAUGGGGAGCGUUGAAUUUCCAGAUGAAAAUGAGUACGAGAGCUACUUGUCCAAGCAUGGAGGCUCAUCCAAUGCUUACACAGAUAUGGAGAAUACUUGCUACUAUUUUGAAGUCAAACCAGAGUUUCUUAAUGGUGCAUUGAGAAGAUUUUCACAGUUUUUUAUCUCACCACUAGUGAAGGCCGAAGCAAUGGAGCGAGAAGUACUGGCUGUAGAUUCAGAAUUUAAUCGGGUUUUGCAAAGUGAUACUUGCCGACUUGAACAAUUACAACGUCACACAGCAGCACCGGGUCAUGCAUUCAAUAGAUUUUCCUGGGGGAACAAGAGAAGCCUUGUUGAUGCAGUAGAUAAAGGAAUCAACUUACGGGAUCAGAUCUUUAAGUUGUACAAUGAGUAUUACCAUGGCGGAUUGAUGAAGUUAGUUAUCAUCGGGGGAGAAAGUCUUGAUGUGCUGGAAAGUUGGGUUCUGGAGCUAUUUAGCAAAGUCAAGGCCAGCAAUUCAUCAACAUCAGAAGUCAGGUCAGCACUCCCUGUUUGGAGUGCAGGAAAAAUUUAUCGUUUGGAGGCUGUUAAUGAUGUCCAUUUUCUCAAGCUAUCAUGGAUAUUGCCAUGUCUUCGUAAAGACUAUUUAAUGAAACCAGAAAACUAUCUGGCACAUCUCAUUGGGCAUGAGGGCAGAGGAAGCCUGCUUUUCUUUUUGAAAGUUAAAGGGUGGGUUACCUAUAUAUGGGCUGGUGUUGGUUUUGGUGGAAUGAAUCAAUCUUCAAUAGCAUAUGUUUUUAGCAUGAAGAUAUACCUUACUGACUCUGGAUUGGAAAAGAUAUAUGAGAUAAUUGGUUUUGUUUAUCAAUACCUUAAGUUACUGCAACAAGUUUCUCCUCAAGAAUGGAUAUAUCAAGAACUUAAGGAUGUCGCUAAUAUGAAUUUUACAUUUGCUGAGGAGCAAUCCCAGGAUACGUAUGCUAUAGGGCUUUCAGAAAAUCUGCUUUACUAUCCACCUGAGCAUACUAUAUAUGGGAAUUAUGCACACGAGGUAUGGGAUGAAGAAAUGGUCGAACAUGUUUUGUCUUUCCUCACACCAGCCAACAUGAGGACUGAUUUAGUAUCGAAGUCUUUCAAUCUAUCACAAGAUGUCCAACGUGAGCCGUGGUUUGGAUCACGGUAUAUAGAAGAAAAUAUAUCUUCAUCCCUUCUGGAAUUAUGGAAGGAUCCUCCAGAAAUAGAUGUGUCAUUGCAUCUGCCUGCAAAGAAUGAAUUCAUUCCCCAAAACUUUUCCAUUCGUGCAAAUAGUAUUUCGUCUGAUUCAAUAUUAGCAGCGCCUCCAAAAUGUAUACUUGAUGAUUCAUUGAUGAAGAUUUGGCACAAGCUAGAUACGACUUUUCGAUUUCCACGGGCUAAUACUUAUUUUCGUGUUGCACUGAAUGGUGCUUAUCGUGGUUUAAAGAAUAUCCUGCUGACUUCGCUAUUUCGUGAUCUUCUGAAGGACAAGCUAAAUGACAUCAUAUAUGAGGCAAGUCUGGCUUCAUUGGGAACUUGUAUAUCACUUUACUGGGACAACUUACAUAUAAUGAUCUACGGCUACAAUGACAAGCUUCCCGUUCUUCUUUCCAAAAUUUUGGAAACUAUCCAAUCAUUUUUGCCGACCCAUGAUCGCUUUUUGGUAAUCAAGGAAGAUAUGGAGAGAAGUUUCAGAAAUGUCAACAUGAACCCACAAUGUCAUUCAUCAUACUUGAGAUGGCAAGUUCUUGGUCAGAGUUCUGUGGAUGUUGAUACAGAGCACGAAUUGCUAAAAACCCUCUCCCUACCUGAUUUACAGGCUUUUAUCCCUGAGCUAUUCACCCAGUUGUAUAUCGAGGGGCUUUGUCAUGGAAAUUUACUUGAAGAAGAAGCUGAAAACCUAUCAAAUAUAUUUAAAAAGUAUUUCUCUGUACAACCACUUCCACCUGAUAUAAGACAUAAAGAGAGCAUUUUAUGUCUUCCUUCUAGUGCAGAUCUAGUUAGAGAUGCCACGGUAAAAAAUAAACUUGAAACGAACUCUGUGGUUGAGCUGUAUUAUCAGAUUGAACCAGAAGCUGAUUCGAACUUAGUCAAGUCAAAGGCGCUGCUUUAUCUUUUCGAGCAAAUCGUUGAAGAACCACUUUUCAAUCAACUUAGGACGAAGGAGCAGCUUGGUUAUGUUGUUAAAUGUUACCCUUUGAAUACAUGCCGAAUACUGGGAUUCUGUUUUUGCGUUCAAUCUUCUGAAUAUAGUCCAGCAUAUCUUCAAGGGAGAAUUGAUAAUUUUAUCAAUGAAUUGGAGUGUUUUUUGAGUGAACUUGAUGACAAGUCUUUUCAGAAUUACAAAGGCGGGUUAAUCAUGAAGCUGCUUGAGAAAGAUCCAUCUCUCAUUUCUGAAACAAAUAGAUACUGGAAUGCAAUCGUAAAUCAGAGGGAUGCGUUUAACUUAUAUGUAAAAAUAGCAGAAGCAGUGAAGUGCCUUCAAAAAGCCGAUAUUAUUGAGUGGUACAAUACUUAUCUGAUGAAAUCAUCUCAAAAGUGUCGAAGGCUUGCAACUCGGAUAUGGGGCUGCAAAACCGACAUUAACGAGUCCAAAACAGAAUCCAGUUCUUUUCAGGUAAUUGACGACCUUGCUGCUUUCAAGGCGUCAUCCACAUUCUACCCUUCAUCUUGUUAACACAUUUGCAAGCUGUUGUUAUACAAGUAAACCACUGUGGGAGUUGCGAAGAGUGGAUAUCUUUAUGGAAAAGCCAUGAUUCCAAUCGUUUGUCUUCAAGUAUUUGUUUUUCAGAUAUCACAAAUGAUAUCUAUAAUUAUGAUAAACAACAUCAAAGUUGAAUUAUGAACAUCAACAUAUUGGAUUUCUGUUUGGACUUUGAAUUAUAUAAAUGGUUAAAAAGUAACAUGCGUUUCUAAUGACAAGUUUUGCUUUCUAA